CUUCUCACUUACCUCAGAGUCAGCAAACCAGUUAGAGUUAAAGACUCAUGGAAAGCAAAGCUACUGUCUGGUUUUCUGAAGGAGUAAUGAAGACGCUCUACUUAUUAAUGCUCAUAAUGUCUGGUGUUCUCCCUCAGUCCAAUAGAUAUAGUGUGAAAUAUCCCCAAAAGCCGAUCUGUGCUGUGAGAGGAUUUAAUGUCUCCAUUCCCUGUAGUUAUUAUUAUCCAACAUCAAAACCCAUUCAGGUGACACAAAAGCUUUGGUGCUCAAUGAACUCAAACACAGAUGUGUGUCUGCAUCCUCCAUAUGUUUAUAACAGUUUAUCAAACACCAAAUCAGACUUUGAGUUCACUGGAGACGACAAAUCAGACUGUACUUUAUUAAUCCACAAUGUACAGUUCAGUUAUUCUGGAGAAUAUAAAUUCAGAUUUAUAACUGAUGUGACUGGUGGCAUGUGGACAGGAAACCCUGGAGUUACUCUACAAGUUACAGAUUUAAAGGUGUCACUAAUCAGACUCAGUGGAAACGAACCCCUUAAACCAGGAGACUCGUUAAAUCUGACGUGUGAUGUGAACUGCACACAAAGUUCCUCACAGUUCCUGUGGUCUAAGAACAACAUACAGUUAAAUACAUCAGGACCCGUUCUUCACUUUCCUGCUCUGACCCUGAGGGAUUCUGGGAAUUACACCUGCAUUUGGAAAACCAGCACGACAUCAGGAUCUAAAACCAUCAGCCUUCAGGUCGAGGAUGAUGCUGGUUGGUCAAUCUGGAUCAUUGUUUUGGUGAUGGGUGUCCUGAUCUUGGUGAUCGUGGCAGCUGUAAUUUACCGCAGGAGGCAGAGAGUAAAGAUCCAGAAGAAAACAAUGGAAAAAGUGCUGAGAAAACACAGGUUUCAGUAACCACACAUGCUAUGCAGAUAAAACCAGAGCUAAACCAUGUUGCUCAAGCGGAUGAUAAAACGAGGCACCAGGAGGAAGUGACUUACGCCACUGUGUUUGUCAAAGACAAUAAAGUAAAGUCAGGGCACAAACACACUAAGCAACCGGAGGAGGAUGAGAACGUAAUCUACAGUGCCAUCAUAAAACCCUGAUCCUAUUUUUAUUUCUCACCCCAUCAGUCAUCAUGAGGACUGUAAAUAGUUCCUGUCUGGGCAGUUAAAACAAAAUCGAUUUCAUUUUAUGGUUUACUAAUAUUAUAUAAAGUGUCCACAGUUGCUUGGUUUGCACUUUAUCCUGGUCAGGUUCAUGGUGGAUCCAGGACCCUUGAUAGAAUUAUUACAAUUAUAGAUUUAAUUCACCCCCCGGAUUUGACGCAACCCAUAGCAGGGAACCGUGUACACACUCAUUCACACCAAGAAUCCUGCCUGCUGACCAGCAAGUUUUUUUUGGAAUGUGGGAGGAAACUGGAGAACCCAGAGGAAACCCAGUUAACCCAAGGUUAUAAUGCUGCCUUGUUUUUUUAAAGCAGAGAUGCUUGUUUGAGGGCCGUGGGCCAAAAUUCAAUGUUGCAUAAACGGAAAUAUUCUUGCCAGCGUUCUUUAAAACAGAUGCAGAAUAUUUUUGUUUCCAAAUGAUGAGAAAUCGUGUAUCUUUCAAAACACUAGACAACAUCCUCAUGUCUACGUUUUCCGCUGCAACGAUGUCGCCAUAAUAAAGCACGCGGAAGUUCAUUUACAUUCUCUACAUUUCAUUUUUUGCAACUUAAAAAUACAACAAAAAUAUUAUGUUAAAUGUUAAAUGGCAUUUUUUCCAGUUCUCAUAUAUCGUGGGACAAAUCAAAGGUCACCUUGGGUCCUAAAUUGAGCAUCACUGCUCUAGAAAUCUGAGUUAAAAUGCGUUAAAAAUAGUCCGAUUUUGUUUAGUUUUUUGUUGUAAAUAAUAAAUGUUAUUAGAUUUUUAUGGAAGAGUGUAAACAUUAGUUUCUCAGACGAAACUCACAUCAUGGAACAUCUCAAAUAUUAACGAUAUUUCAAUAGAAGUGAAUCUGUAGCCUAGACCUCCAGAAUCGUCCAAUUUGUGCUCCUCAUAAGAACAUUUUCUCGUCGCUUUGAUCAAAUUGCGAACGCUUUUGUACAUUAAUUUAAUGGAUUGUGUUCAAGUGUCUGCUGUUUCCCACAGUAUCAGUUCAUGUUCAUGUUGAUUUUUAGUCUCUGUGAUCCAAAACACUGUUUAUAUCAAGAAAUCCUCAAACUGUGCAGCAUCAUACUGAGAAGACGACGAAACAUUUCGAUGGUUUUCUUUGUGAACAAUGACGAAGAGACUUUUCAUUCUGAUGGAAUGAGAUGUUCACUGACACGAAUAUUUAUUUUUGAGAGAUGAACUGAGGAUUUUGAGAAAAGUUCAGGCUUUUUCAAGAAAAACCGUAUACAAAUGUUUGUACACGUUGUUUUGAGAAAUGCACGUACUGGUUUACAAAUAUUAAGAAACGCUCCAACAGCUGAGAAAAACUGUAAGUGUGUAAAUCUCCUCAGAUCUCGGUCUCUUUCACAGCAGCAGCAGCAGCAGCAGACAGCAUUAGUAAUGAAACCCAUCUGAACUAUUGCUGAGUCGUGUACUGUAUGUUUUAUCUCUCCUGUAAAUAAAUCU